UUAUUUUGACACGGUUUUGAAUUUUUGACUUCGACUUCCGAGAUUGAAUUUAUACAAAUUAUUUUUCGCCACUGAUAAGUGAUUAAUUUGAAAUGGAUUUACAAAAUUUGGAAAAUUAUCCAGUGUAUAUACUUAAUGUGAUUCCGGAGCUGAACGAAGAAAGCAAUGUACAAAUACCACAGCAAACGACUUCUGGAGAAUUGAUAUCUUAUAACUUUUAUGUUCCAAAUGAAGACCAUCAAGUUCCUUUACUGAAUGCAGAUUGUGUUCCGCCAAUAGUUUCUCAUACAAAUACUUCAAAGUCAAUCAAAAAAUUAUCUUUUGACAAAACUAUACACCACUCGGCAGUAAAGAAUGAUCAAUCUAUUGAGCCACACAUUAACACAUGUUCAAGUAAAUCUGUUAAUAAUUUAUCACUGUUACUAAAAGAUGAAGAUAUACAUAAUGGUAAUAAUAAAGUAAUGAAAUAUGACCCAGCAACUGAUACAAAUGUAAUUGUUCAUUUGAUAAGGCCUACUGAUUUAGAAGCAAAUUGUAAUGAAAUAAAAGUGCCAAAACGAGGACGGCCAAGAAAAAUUAUUAGCGAAUUCAGUAAAAGUGAAACAAAACAAGACGAAUCUUCAAAACAGAUCAAACCAGAAGAUAUUAUAGAGUACCCAUUAACAUCUACAAAGUCUGGUCGCUUGUGUAAACCUCCAAAAUACUUUUUAGAUGGUAAAAACACAAUGGAAACCAAAAAGAACUCUUUUUUAAUAGUCAACAAUAAUGACAUUCUUAGUAGAAAAAAAGUAAAAUACAAUGUUAAAUCAGAUUUUGUUUGUGGAGGAUGUGGUAAAACUUAUUUAGGCCACAAAAGAAUGCAAGAACAUUUUGAAAAGUUCCCUACUCACAAGAUGAACACAGCUGAAAAACAAGUGGAUUCAGAAUUACAAAAUAUUUUCCAAAACCUCAACAAAACACCAAUAAAUGUUGAUAUAAUUAAUGGUAAAAAAGAAACUCAUACUCAAACAGAAAUCUUAAAAAAUCGACGUUGUGCUUAUAUCAAAUCAAAAAAAAAUUUACAAUUUCAUUUGAAACAAAUAAUGAAACAUCUAAAAAAAACUAACCUUAUAAAAUCAUUGUCUGGAACAAUAUCUGUUUGGGAUUUAUUAUCCAGUACACUCGAGAGUGAUGGUCUACUAGCAUUUUCUAAAGAACUAAAUACACUAAUUAUAAAUUUAAGAAGUUUAUCAAAAUAUUUUAAAUUUGUAUCAAAUUGUGAAUCUAAUUCUAUUGAUAAUAAUCAAAUGUUCAUAGAUGAUUCAUUAGGACAUUUGUUUGGCUUACCAAAAGGCUCUUAUUGUUUAAAAGACAUUCAAAAUGAUUAUGAAAUGCAGCAAGAAUCUAAUGUUUGGGCUAUGGACUCUACAAAAUCUAUUGAACCCGAAGUUUCUGUGCAACAAAAUUUAAAUCGCCAUUCUAGUCCUAUUCAUUUAAAUCUUUUUGAUAGUCAAUCAUCUAAAGUAGAUUUCUUACUUAGCUCUAGUAUGGAAGAGUCAAUAUUGUGUGAUGAAAAUCAAGCAGUUUUGGAAAGUGUAGAUGGUCUUGUAUCUGAAAGGUUACGUACAAUGUCUGAUCAUUUGCACUCAAACGUACCUAUAAUUGAUUAUCCUAUUGCAUCCACAUCAUCUACUUCUAACGUCUCUCAACCAGAUUCCUUUAUGGAUCACGAGGUUUAUGAGGUUUUUACUAAUGAUUUGAACAUAGUUCCUACAUCUACUGAAGAGUUCAUCAAAAGCUUAGAACAGUUUGAACCUCUGAAUGAUGCUGAUAACACACUAAGUACAGAAACAAGAAUGUUGGACUUUGAAGAUCUUCAACACACAUUUCACACUUCUUAAAGUGACAAAAUAAUAUUUUUUUUCUAACACUUAAUGGCCUUAAUUAUCGAGAGCGACUUUAUUUUUUUUUUACAUAAAAUUAUGGAUCUGUUAAUUAUUAAUUGUUAAAUAAUUCUAUGGUUAAGUAGAAUAUACAUUGGAUGGCCAUUUAGUAAUAAUUUAGAGUAAAUACAAUUUAUUGCAUUUUGCACACCGCAAUUUAUUUGUAUUUGAAAAAUAA